UACAUAAACCCCACUAUCCCCCUCCCUUCACUAGAAACUUUCUCUCUCAGGCAUUUUCGCAAACACUUUUCACCCGAAACGUUUUUUAUCUUUUCAGCCAUGGCCAGACCACAACAGCGAUACCGAGGCGUGAGACAAAGGCAUUGGGGUUCUUGGGUCUCCGAAAUUCGUCACCCUUUAUUGAAAACCAGAAUCUGGCUCGGCACGUUCGAAACGGCGGAAGACGCGGCGCGGGCGUACGACGAAGCCGCUAGACUCAUGUGUGGACCGAGAGCACGAACUAACUUCCCCUACAACCCAAACGCACCGCAGUCAUCGUCGUCAAAACUUCUCUCGGCGACUUUGACGGCGAAACUUCACCGCUGUUACAUGGCUUCUCUGCAAAUGACGAAGCAGUCACAGAAGGCGCCGCCGGAAGCUUCACUUUCCAGUAACAAUGGCGGCCUCACGGUUACCCAUUUGGUGGAGAAGCAGAAACCGGUAGCGGCCAACAAUGUCGACGCGGUGGAGAAAGUGCAAGUUCAUCAUCAUCAUCAUCAUCAUCACCACCAUCGUGAAGUUCAUGAUCAGAGUUCCCAGCUGCAAUUCAAGCGGCUGGAAGAAGAUCACAUCGAGCAAAUGAUUGAAGAACUGCUGGAUUAUGGAUCCAUCGAGCUCUGCUCUGUUUUACCAACUCAGGCUCAGGCAACGUGAUUUGUGCAGUUACUGAUUUAAAAUUAGAAUCCAUCCCAAGUCCAAGUCAUUUAGAAUUAUAAAUAUUAUUAUUAUAUUACUUUUUUGCUAAUUUUAACCCCCAUUUUACUUGACAUCUUUUUUCAAUUGUUUGACCUUUA